AAACAAAUAUUGCAAAGAUAAGAACUUUAAUAAGAGAACUACAGUGAAGAAGAAGAUCAAACUCAAAACCACCAAAAUUUAAUCAACAACGAAAAACCAAGAAUCAAAAAAAAUUAAAAUGUUGUUUCAGGUAGGAGGGCAAGGGACACGGCCUACCUUCUUCGAGAUGGCCGCCGCUCAGCAACUUCCGGCGAGCCUCCGUGCAGCUUUAACCUACUCCACCGGCGUACUGGCAUUAAGAAGACCUGUACUGCAUAGAGUGUUGGACUAUGAAGAUGAGUUCUUUGCUUUGCUUAUGUUGGUGCUUGAGACACACAGUUUACGAACUACAGAGGCUUCUUUUUCUGAAUCUUUGUAUGGAUUGCGGAGAAGAGCAGUGACGAUAAGAGCAAAGAAGAUUGAUGCUCGUCUGAACACUGGGGAUGGGAUUGAGCUCUCUGGAUUAAAAAAGCGCCAAAGGAUUCUUUCAGUUGUAUUCCUGGUUGUGUUGCCUUAUUGUAAGUCAAAGCUGCACUCGGUAUAUAACAAAGAAAGGGAAGCCAGGCUUCAAGCAAGUUUAUGGGGAGAUGAUGCCGGAACAUUAGAAGAUAAUGGCUCUUUUGAUAGAGAUGAUGGUUCUCUUGUUUCUAGAGGAAGUACGGAGUCGGAAACAACAAUGAGAACACGCCUGACAAAGAGAAUACAAAAGAUUAUUUUUGCUUGCUACCCAUGGUUACAUGCUACUAGUGAAGGAUUGUCAUUCACUUAUCAACUCUUAUAUCUGCUUGAUGCUACUGGGUUCUAUUCUUUUGGAUUACAUGCGCUUGGGAUUCAUGUUUGCCGAGCAACAGGGCAGGAACUGAUGGAUACUUCUUCUCGAAUUUCAAAAAUAAGAAGCCGCGAACGAGAGAGACUUCGUGGCCCUCCAUGGCUGAAGACAUUACAAGGAGCAUUACUCAGGUGUACGUAUACAGUUCUUGACUAUUCACAAACUGGUCUAAUUGCAGCAGUCUUCUUUUUUAAAAUGAUGGAAUGGUGGUACCAAUCUGCUGAGGAAAGAAUGUCGGCUCCAACUGUGUAUCCACCGCCACCACCCCCUCCACCCCCUAAGGUUGCCAAAGAGGGAAUUCCACUUCCACCUGAUAGAACAAUGUGUCCAUUGUGCUCUCAGAAGCGUGCAAAUCCUUCUGUGGUUACAGUAUCGGGGUUGGUCUUCUGUUACACUUGCGUCUUUAAAUAUGUGUCUCAGUACAACCGCUGUCCUGUCACAUUGAUGCCUGCAACUACUGACCAGAUACGAAGACUUUUCCAUGAUAUGUAGGGAGGGAACUUAUAGAGUAUAUGGCAAUUCAUUUCGCGUCUGAAUGAUUCAACGCAGACAAUGAUGCUCAAAUUCAGGCAUCAAUUUGAACCUGAAUUCAAGUAAUAACAGGAUCAUGUGACAUAGACGGACGCUUUGGGAGGUUACUGUCACCAUAUUCUUGAACAUGUACGAUACAGAGUGUUUCUUUUUUUUUUAUUAAUAAAUUCACACGAUAGUUAGGCUAGUCUUUAAAAUGGAAAGAUGUUUUCCGAGAGAAAAAAAGAAGCAUCAUUAUCUCGCAAUCUCUUAUUUUCCCACUUUCGUCCCGUUUAGUUUCACACAUUAAGAAAGUUUAGUUGAUGUAUAAAUGAUAUAUUAUAUUUAACUAUAAUACUCCAUUGAAAGGCUCUUUCAAAUA